AUGGCUAACGAAGCUGUUUCACCCUGCAAAGUCGUGCUUGCCGGGACCGUUGCAAAAGGACUUCUUGCGGAAGUCAAAGCGGGCCUGGAAGGGCUAAAUGGCAGGCAACCACAUCUCCAGGGCAUAUUAGCGAACAACGAUGCUGCUGCCAAAGUCUAUGCUGACUGGACUCAGAAGACAUGCGAAGAAAAUGGAGUCAAGUAUACUCUGGCGUCUGUUGAGAAGGACCAGGUCGAGGAGGCCAUUAUCAAUGCCAACCAAGACAAUAGCGUGGACGGGAUCAUUAUCUACUAUCCAAUUCACAACAAUCGCCAGGACCAAUAUCUCCAAGAAUGUGUAUCUCUGUCCAAAGAUGUCGAAGGUUUGACUCACAAGUACAUCUUCAACAUGUACCAGAACAUCCGCUUUCUUGACGAGCAGCAAUUGCGGAAAUCAAUACUUCCUUGUACGCCGCUCGCUGUCAUUAAGAUCUUGGAAUACCUGCACAUCUACAAUACAAUUCUACCGUAUGGAAACAGACUUUUUGGACACACCAUAUGCGUUGUGAACAGAUCCGAAGUCGUGGGUCGACCGCUUGCAGCCUUGUUGGCUAAUGACGGUGCUACGGUGUACAGCGUUGACGUAACGGGCGUACAAAAAUUCACGAGAGGUGAAGGCCUACGCAAGCGAAAACACGAAGUCGAGGAAAUGCCUGGUAAAGGAUUGAAAGACGUCGCGGGAUUGUGCGAUGUAGUCAUUACUGGUGUACCGGGUGAGAAGUACAAGUUCGACGUAAGCCUUUUACGAGAAGGUGCUGUUUGCAUCAAUUUCAGUAGCGAGAAGAAUUUUCCACCAGAAGUCAAGCAGAGAGCCUCAAUCUAUGUGCCAGCUAUUGGCAAGGUGACUAUUGCUGUACUCCUCCGAAACCUUCUGCGGAUCACUCAGAACCGUAUGCUGCAAGAGGACGGCAACAGCACUUCAGGCGACAAGCAAAAGUCGAUACCUAAUGGAGUGGUUGAUAAGAUUCUUGAUCCAUAA